AUGUCCGGCCACUUUUGGCAGACCGUCAACAACGAUGCCCCGCCGCCGGCGCCGGUCUUUGGAGAGGGGGGAGGGCGCGCACAGUCCGACCCGGAAGAACCCACGGAUUACUACUCGCUGGCCUCCCGGCGGGUCGGCACAACACAGCGCUCGCGGCCGACAAGCGCAAGCGCACCGGAAAACGCGGUCGCAGCCGCCGCAGCGGAGUACCCGGACUACUACGCCGACGACACGACGGUGGCCAUCGAGCGGGAUGCACCGGACGCGCUCCUCCAGGCCACCAUCCUGAACUACCGCCGCGAGAACGGGCGGACGUACCACCGUCUGUCGGACGGCAAGUACCCGUUCCCGAACGACGCCCUGGAGCAGGAGAGGCUGGACAUUGUGAGCCACCUCUGGAUGCUGACGUUUGACGGGGCGUUUUGCCUAUGUCCGAAAAACGAGGGGGCCAGGCGGGUGUUGGACCUUGGCACGGGGACGGGGACCUGGGCGCUGGACUACGCGGACGAGUUCCCGCACGCGACCGUCGUCGGGGUCGACCUGAGCCCUAUCCAGCCGAUCUACGUGCCGCCGAACUGCCACUUUGAGGUGGACGAUUUGGAGAAGGAGUGGACGUGGAAGGAGCCGUUUGAUUUCAUCUUUGCGCGGAACAUGAUUGGGUGUUUUGCGAACUGGAGGGAGAUCAUCGCGCAGGCGUACAAGAGCCUCGAGCCGGGCGGGUACUUUGAGAUUCACGACUCGGAGUAUCCCAUCAAGUGCGACGACGGGACGCUCACGGAGGACAUGCCGCUGAGCAAGUGGACGCGGAUGAUUACGGACGCGUGCGAGAAGCUGGGGCGGAGCCUGGCGAUCACGCAUACUUUUGCGGACAUGAUGGAGGAGGCCGGGUUCGAGGGGGUGGUGAAGAAGAAGAUCAAGUUCCCCGUUAGCCCGUGGCCUGAGGACCCGAAGCUGAAGGAGAUGGGGCUGUGGGUGCAGGCUUCGCUAUUGCCUGGGUUAGAGGGGAUGAGUCUGGCGCUAUUCACGAGGGUUCUGGAGUGGAAGAUGUCGGAGACUAUUGUGUUUUGCUCACAUGUGAGGCGAGAUGUGAAGAAUUUGGGGCUGCAUGGCUAUUGGGAUGGGUAUGCGAUAUAUGGGAGGAAACCAUUAGAUGUCCCGGGCUAG